AUGAUCCAAUCAAUGAAUUUCACCCAAGCCCAUUUGAAAGAAGUUACACCUACUAAAGAGCAAGCCACCGUUCUUGAUAAAGUCGAAGGAACUCCAAUUCAAGCUUAUGUCAUCGCCAUCGCAGACAAAAUUGCUCUAGAGAAUAUCCUAUCUACAUCAAGAAUCGCUAACAACCGUAUAUUUCCAGUGUCACGACCAACAAAGUUCGAGUUCCUCACUACAAGUGGAUCUAGUUCUGUAACAGGGGAAAAAUUUUGGACGAACGAAAAAGUAUUUAGUAGUAUCAAAGAUGUUAAAGCGGGUGCAUUCAUUAUUCAUGGCAAUGAUGACAAUGAUGAUGAUGACGAUAAUGGUGAUGAUGAUCUAGCUGGAAAUUCCAACGAUAACGAUAACACGCGUGAUGAAGGUGAAUCCGAUGUUACAUCUGAUGAUGACAUCAAUAAAACUGAUGAUGAUGAAAACCAUGAUAAGGAAGACAAUGACGAUGAUGAUGAUGUUGAUGCCGAUGAUAGUGAUGAUGAUGAUAAUGAUGAUAAUGAUAAUUAUGAUAGUGUUGAUGUCAGUGAUUGCGACAGUAAUUAUGACCGUGAUCUUGAUGAAGAUAGUGUGAAAGUGUGGACUGCUGAUUGCUGA